UUGCCGCAAGAGAAGAACGAAAGAUGUCACACUAGGUUUGUCCUUUUUUACCUAUAUGAGGACAACGAGACAACCGCGAAAACUACAUAUUUUUUACGAGUACAAAAAUUUAAAGAAAAAUAAAAAGAACACAAUAGUGCAAUGAUUAUUAAUUUUCAUACGUCAUGAGUGACGAAAGGUUGAAAGGUUUUAUUUUUAAACAAUAUGACUGUAUGAGAGGUUAGGUGAAUCUUGUUUCUGAAUAAUUCGAUUCGACAGCUUACAUAGUUUGAUAACGAUUUGCACGUUGACGAGUAGGAAAUUAGGUAACGUCCCACACAACAUACAAAAUAUAUCCAUAAUAAUACACUAUAAGUAACAGUAUGGUUCUUUGAGUAUUUUUUAUGUAAAAUUUACGUUGUGAGAAUCAUGAUUGGUAUGAGAAUGAAUGCAUUUAACGAUACUGGUCUCGGGGAACCCGAACAGGAUGCAAAUACGGCGCUUAUAGAGCUCGAUAAAGGUUUGCGUUCUGCAAAGACUGGAGAACAAUGUGAAGCUAUAGUACGUUUCCCUAGACUAUUUGAAAAAUAUCCUUUUCCAAUACUGAUAAAUUCCUCUCUGUUGAAAUUGGCGGAAGUAUUUCGUACAGGAAGUAACUUCUUACGAGUAUGGGUUUUAAGGGUAUGUCAGCAGAGUGAAAAGCAUUUGGAUAAGAUCUUAAAUGUAGACGAAUUUGUUCGACGUAUCUUCAGUGUCAUACACUCGAAUGAUCCAGUUGCCAGAGCUCUAACUCUGCGUACUUUAGGCAGUGUAGCUGGUAUUAUUCCUGAGAGACAACAGGUGCAUCACAGCAUUAGAAGAUCCUUAGAUUCCCAUGACUCUGUUGAGGUAGAAGCUGCUAUAUAUGCUGCUCAAAUGUUUGCAGCACAAUCUAAACUAUUCGCUGUAUCUAUGUGCAGUAAGAUUUCAGACAUGAUUAGAGGUCAAGUUACACCAGCCUCUAUGAAAUUGCAGCUUAUACCCAUUUUGCAAUAUAUGCAUCAUGAUACUUUCACAGCAUCAAUGGUAAAUGAAUUAUGUAUGGAGUUACUUGCAAGUUAUCCAGCAGCUGAUUUUGUCAAGGUUACCCUAAGUGCACUAAGUACGCUAGCUUCUGCGACUCUAAUAGAUGUUCCACAACAAGUUGCAUUAUUGUUACGCUAUCUACAAGAUGACCCAAGACUGUCAGUCAAACGUCAUGCUCUACAUCUUCUGCAUAGCUUAGCGAGAAGAGGAGCCCAUCUUUGGCCUCAAGGUGCUCUCAACAAUUUAAUUGAGAGUACCACGACACUUUUGCAAGAUGGUACGAGAAAUACAGAUCUACUCAUCCGUACUUUAGACGUAAUUGAGGUACUUAGCCAGAAUGCCGUAACGUGUGACGCAAAUAUGAACGAAGAUAGCCCCUUGUUACAAUUAUGUGUAAAUGCUUGUUAUUCACCUGAUCUAUUUGUAUCAGUAAAAGCGACUACUAUACUUGUUCGGAUUGCUUGUUAUUGUUAUGAAGAAAGAUUGCCUGUCUAUGGCACACAGGACGUGAUUUCCUGCCUCGAGUCUUUGAUUGUAUUAUUGGCUUUGGAUGACAAGCAUUUACGUCAGUUGAAAGCGUGCUUACGUUCGACAGUGAAACUAUGUCAAUCACAGUCUAACCAUUGCGCCGUGUUCGUAGACGCAAUCGGUUCCACGCUCAUUAACGCCAGCGCGGAAGAUGAUCAAAAUGAGAAGCAAACGGUUGUUCUGUGCGAAGCUUUAGGUGCCAUUGGUAGCUUAGUAGAAAAUGUAUUGUUGCCGCUUCUCCCUGAUAUUUUAAUAAAACUUAAACAGACCUCGCAUGUUCAUACCAAGGUGAUGUUAUGUACAUUACUAUUUCAAACGAUGGCUGGGGGAUAUGAGUGGAAUUCGGAAUGCUUGGAGGCAAUCGAUGAUGUUGUCAAAAACAUAGAUGGCUGGGCUAAAUAUCGAAUUGCACGCAGUGCCGCAAGAUAUGGACAUCAUGCGAUCGCCACUGAAAUAUUCAAAAGUUUAAAGGAAGCUGUAGCAUCGGAACAACUGCACUUUUGGUUGUCUGGCUUGGAAUUGGUUACAAAAGCAGAAUGUUUUCUCAUAGAUAAAAUUGGAGACCAAGAGACUGUGAGUAAAAUGAAGAUUGUGGAGAAACUGAAUGGAGCAAUAGCGCAUUAUGCGAGUGCUUGUGCGUCUCUUAAAGCUGCCAGUACUCCGUUACGUAGUUUACAAUUUGCGAGCGAAUACUCCAAAUUACGUUGCGAAUUCUUACAAACUAUAGCACAGCUGUUACACUCGUGCAUAUCUUUGUGCACUGCACCACCACCUGCUAUAGCUGUUACAGUUGUUGACACAACAAAAGACGAGCUUCAGAGAUAUGGACGUGUCACGCACCAGUUAAGAAAAUCCGCGCAAGAUUUGAAAACUUGCGCAGAGAACUACCAGAAAUUAUAUCAGUCGGCUUUCGACGCUGAUCCGGGAUCGUUGGCGAACAUUCGGGCAUUACAAGAAAUGUGUCAAUUAAUGGCGACCAGUGUGGAACGAGUUUGCGGCGGACUUGGCGUAUUAACUAUGGAUUUGCAGGGCGAAAUGGCCUUUAAUUUUGGCGGAACCGUGGAAAUGCGACAAUUAGUUCAGUGUUGCGCCGAAUUACGUCGUUUAGCACCAUCCUUUACGACGACUGAGGGUAAAGUCGGUGCCGUGAGUCAUUUGAGAAUCAAUUGCUUGAUAUUGCAAACAACUUUGCUCGCUAAUGGGACGAUGCGGUUGCCGAUGCCACGUUACUUCUUCCAAGCUCUACAGGCAACUAGUGUGAAACUGUCGGUAUCUCCUCAACCACGUGUUCUCGGCGAACCUGUGUCUGUUCCGCAGGGUAGUCAAUUGGCGCUUAAAGUCGAGGGAGUUUUGCGACAUGGUCGACGAGCGUCCCUCUUCCGUUCUGUCGCUGCCGUGUGCAUUUCUAUCUCGACUACGCCACCCUCAAAGAUAAAUACUGACCAGAAGGAUUCUAACAUGAAUGAGCUGCAGCAAACAGUAAUACCUCAUCGCGAUUUCUUCGCUUGUGAGUUUCUGCUUUCCUUGGGAUCUCCUGGAUCUAUGGCUGCAACAUACCCGGUCGGUUCGACAAAUGCUGGCAGUAGCGUCAGUAGUGGUCAAUAUCAGAUUACAGCGAGUGCGAGUAUACUCGAUAAAGACGGCAAUGUAUGGAAAUGCGGCCCGCGCUCCACUCUUCCCGUUAGGGUGCACGAAGAAACUGCGAAAAGAAAGUUACCUUAAUGGAAACGUCUAAUGCCACAAUGCUUCGUAUAUUUAUAUAACAUAAUAUCUAACAUAUAAUAUUUAUAUGUUAUAUUUAUAUAUAACAUAUAAUAUAUUUAUGGUAUUUUCAAAUGAAUUCUACAUGAAGAGA